UCACAUCACAGAAAGAUAACAAACGGCUAUAUAAUUGGAAAAUGUCCUCAGACAAUGAACACCACUUUCUGUAUAUACUUCUUUUGAGUGCAGUUACCGUGGUAGCUUCCCAGCCUUCCUCCUGUCCCCAUGGUUGGAUACUUCGUGGAUCUUCAUGCUACCUGUUUAUCACCAGUACCCCGGAGGACUGGAUGACGGCAACGUCUUAUUGCGAUAUUCUUCAUGCAAAGUUGGUGGAAAUUGAAACUGUGGCCGAGGAUGAAUUUCUUCGCUUACAUCUUCUAGAUAAAAAAUUAACAGGAGGUUUUUGGAUCGGCCUAUCUGACAUCGCGGUAGAGGGAGAAUGGAUAUGGACGUCUACACAGGAAUCCCCGACUUAUAGCGACUGGUUUCCCGGUCAGCCCGACAAUAUAAAACAUCUCCAGGAUUGUGGACAGCUACUGGGAGGAACUUACGGAUUUCACUGGGAUGAUGAAAUAUGCACGAGAACUAAAAAUUUUAUUUGCGAGAAGGAAUUGAACGGUGAUGUCAGUAUUAUUGGUUGAUUGCAAUUAUUCUUAGACCAUACAAGUGUAUGUUUUCC